GUUCGUUAAGAAGACACAGACAAGGAGAAAAAAGCUUAUCCACUAGAGACACAGAGAAGACGAAUUCUUCCAUUAGAAGAAGAAGAUGGCUCUUCUCUGCUUCAAUUCUCUCCCUUUUCUUUCUUCUCUUUCUUCUUCAUCUUCGUCGCGCCUUCUUCAACCUUCGUCUUUCGCUUCUCCAGUUUGGAGCCUUAAACCCAACGCUGUUGAGUCAAAGAACAGAGUCUCUCUCAGUGCUUACAGCUUGAACUCUAGCCAUGGAAGGGCGGUAGCAAUUGUGGUGAAGGCGGCUGCUUCUGGCGUGGACGGGGCUGAGCCCGAGAGCAAUGAGGAACCAAAUACUGUUGUUGCUGCUGUUCCAGUGGAUAAACUACCAUUGGAAUCAAAAGAAGCUAAAGAGAAACUGCUCUUGGAACUGAGGCUGAAGAUGAAGCUGGCCAAGAAGAUUAGGCUACGCAGGAAACGUCUGGUUCGUAAGCGUAGGAUGAGGAAGAAGGGUCGAUGGCCACCUUCCAAGAUGAAGAAAAACAAGAAUGUCUAAGUGACUCAACUGUUUGCUGCUUUUCAUAUUCGUUUUUGUAAUGUUCUUUUUGGUGUUCAAGGACCCUUAAUGUACUUCAAAUGCAACCAUUGUUUUUGGAUUUAACUUCAAUCUGAGUUCUUCAAAUACAACCAUUGUUUCGUA